AUGUUUAUCACGGGUUUGGUAUAUAUUAAAAUACGUUGGAGACCUACAACACAUCGUGAUAUUUGGUUGCGUACAUUAGCCAGAGCUGCAGUAAAUAAAAUGGAAAUUCGAAAAUUUGAAAAAAAUGAUAAUUUUGGCAUAAAUACCACUAAUAAAUUGCAUAAAAAGCGUUCAUUACUAUGUCUUCCAUCAAAACGACGUUAUUUACCUGUAUUUGGUUCACUUACAUCUGUUGCACGAAGUUAUAAUGGUCAAGAACGUUGUAGUAUUUGUUUGGAGGAAUAUAAGGAAGGACAAGAAUUACGAGUGCUAUUUUGUGGACAUGAAUUUCAUCCAAAAUGUGUUGAUCCAUGGUUACUUAGUAACAGGUAA